AAAACCUUCAUUUGGCUUGCUUCGCGCUCCGUCCCUGUUCUUCUCAUCCUUUUUCCUCCUUGUCUUCCACCACACCUUUCCCCGUGGAAGACCGCUGCAUUCUUCUCUUCGCAGGCGGGGAAUUCUCUUAUUUUUCAAUUGUUCCUAGUCGUUGACGCCGAACAAUUGCCAAGAUGGGUACCGGCAAGAAGGAGCGGUCCCGCAUUGAGCGGCAGGGGAAGGUGACGGGCGACCCCAAGGUCAAGGGCGAGAACUUCUAUCGCACCGCCAAAAAGGUCAAGACCCUGAACAUGUACAAGGAUGGAAAGGCCACUCGGAACAAAGAGGGCAAGAUCGUCCAGGCCGCCUCCUACCAGAGCCGGGAGAUCCCCAAAGCCGUUGUCGAGCCGAACAGGAGGUGGUUCACCAACACCCGAGUCAUCUCGCAAGACACGCUCAAGUCGUUCCGGGAGGCGAUCGCUGAGAAGGAAAAGGACCCCUACUCGGUCCUGCUGAAGAGCAACAAGCUUCCCAUGAGCUUGAUUCGGGAUGGGCCCAGCCUACAGGACGGGUUGAAGAAGCACCAGGCGAAGAUGACCAUCGAGAGCGAGCCCUUCUCAGAGACCUUCGGGCCCAAGGCCCAGAGGAAACGACCGAAGCUUAGCUUCAACACCGUCGACGAGCUUGCGGGCUACACCGAGCAGAGCUUCGACUCGUACCAAGCCCGUCGGGAGCAGCUCAAGCUACUCAACGGUACUGCGGGGUCGAUAGUGAUGGACGACGACGAGCUGGUGGAGGAGGACUUCAGUGUGGCGACGGCGAAGGAGGCCAUCUUCAGCAAGGGCCAGUCCAAGCGUAUUUGGAACGAGCUCUACAAGGUGAUGGAUUCGUCAGACGUAAUUCUCCAUGUAAUAGAUGCGCGGGAUCCGUUAGGAACAAGAUGUCGCCAUGUCGAGAAAUAUCUCAGGACGGAAGCCCCUCACAAACAUCUUGUUUUUGUAUUGAACAAAAUUGACCUCGUCCCCUCGAGCACAGCGGCCGCUUGGAUUCGAGUGCUUCAGAAAGACCACCCCACCUGCGCCAUGAGAUCGAGCAUCAAGAACCCCUUCGGGCGUGGUUCCUUGAUCGAUCUUCUACGGCAGUUCAGCAUUCUCCACAAAGACCGGAAACAGAUCAGUGUCGGCCUGAUCGGUUACCCGAAUGUCGGCAAGUCGAGCAUUAUUAACGCCCUCCGUGGCAAGGCGGUCGCCAAGGUCGCACCCAUUCCCGGUGAAACCAAAGUCUGGCAAUAUGUCACACUCAUGAAGAGGAUCUAUCUCAUCGACUGCCCGGGUAUUGUCCCACCAAACCACAACGAUACCCCGCAGGAUCUCCUCCUCCGUGGUGUUGUCCGCGUUGAGAACGUGGAGCAUCCGGAACAAUACAUUCCUGCUGUCUUGAAUAAAGUCAAGCUGCAUCACAUGGAGAGGACAUACGAGCUCAAGGGCUGGAAAGACCACAUUGAGUUCCUCGAACUCAUGGCCAGGAAAUCUGGUAGGCUGCUCAAGGGCGGCGAGCCAGAUGUCGAUAGCGUCGCAAAGAUGGUUCUCAAUGACUUCAUGCGCGGCAAAAUCCCCUGGUUCACGCCUGCCCCGGCGAUGGAGGGAGGUGACGACGCUGUCAUUGAGGGCAGGCAGGGGCGGCUCGGUGAGAUGCCCCUCAAGCGGAAACGUGAUGGGGAGGAGACCGCUGCCGAGACUUCAUUAGCUGGCUCGACCGUGGCAGCCGAGGAAGACGAUGAGGAGGAAGAGGACGAGAACUUCUCCGGCUUCUCAAGUGACAGUGAUUCUGAGCAAGAAGAUGGACCUGAGACGGUCAAUGCUCAGACGGAAGGUGCGGAAGAUAUGAUACCCCUGGACGACUCAAGUGAUGAAGAGGAGGAAGGCUCCGAGGAUGAUGAUGGCUCGGAAGCGGGGAGUGGAGGGGAGGACGCUGAGUCCGACCUUGACAUCGAGGGCGCAAGUGAUGUCCUCCCGUCGGAAGAUGAGGCAGAUCCACCAGUCCAGAAGAAGAGGAGAAAGGCUAGGUAGUCCUCUCGCCGAUGGCGAAGAAAUGAAAUCACGAAGUUGCACAC